CAGUAGAGCCUGCACUAGUUCAGCUGUCUACAAUAACAAACACUCCUGCUCUAAUGCGCGCUCCCUGGAGCCGCGGGAGUGCGCACCUAAUUUGCAGUAUCCAUGGCUGCAGUGAGGAACAUCACCUUGGUGCCAUAGAUUAAAUGUACAUCGUCAGUUCAUCUAAUCUCUUUUAACACACCAGCUCUCAUCGACCUGGACACAUUGUCACCUGUUGGCCGGAAGGUGACGGGAUUACACCGGCAUCAUGGUGCUGAUGAUGUAAGGAAGGAAGCUAAAGGAUCUUUACGAAACGGUGUUUUGUCCAAGUUGUCCACAUCUACUGUACCUCUCAUCACAUCGACCUCUCGGCAUGCUCCACAGACCGGGUCAAAGAAGAACCGGUGGAUUUAUCCGUCAAGAUGAAUAUCUUCUUACACUUCCGAAGUUGUUCCAGAGACUACGGGGGCAUGAUGUCGGUGCUGGGCUCCGACUCCUGGUGGAAGAAGACCCUGUACAUCACCGGGGGGGCCCUGCUGGCUGCUGCAGCCUACCUACUGCACGAGCUGCUCGCCAUCAGGAAGGAGCAGGAGUUGGACUCUAAGGACGCCAUCAUCCUCCAUCAGUUCUCCAGGCCAAAGAACGGCGUUCCCAGCCUCUCACCUUUCUGCCUCAAGAUAGAGACGUACCUGCGCAUGGUGGACCUGCCCUACCAGAACUACUUUGAUGGGAAGCUGUCGCCGCAGGGUAAGAUGCCCUGGAUCGAGUACAACCACGAGCAGGCGUCAGGGUCAGAGUUCAUCGUGGACUUCCUGGAGGAGAAACUGGGGGUCAACCUCAACAUUAACCUCACCCCGCAGGAGAGAGCCGUGUCCCGAGCCGUCACCAAAAUGGUCGAGGAGCACCUGUACUGGACGAUAGCCUACUGUCAGUGGGUGGACAACCUGGAGGAAACUCAGAAGCUCCUGGCGAUGAGCGGCCCGCUGAGCGACACGCUGAAGUGGCUGCUGAGCCACCUGAACGGCAGCAUGGUGCGCAGGGAGAUGUACGGCCACGGCAUCGGACGCUUCUCCAAGGAGGAGGUCUACACGCUGAUGGAGAAGGACAUGAGGACGCUGGCCACACUGUUGGGAGAUAAGAAGUACUUCAUGGGCUCUAAGAUGUCGACAUUAGACGCUACAGUGUUUGGGCAUCUAGCCCAGGCAAUGUGGACUCUUCCUGGGACACGACCAGAGCAACUCAUCAAAGGAGAGCUGAUCAACCUGGCCAUGUUCUGCGAGCGGAUGCGGAGGAGGUUCUGGCCCGAGUGGUUCGUGGAGGUGGACGAUCUUUAUUACGACGGAGACAGUGAGAGCAGCAGCGGCGGCGGCGGUGGCGGCUCCCAUACAGGCCUGCUGGACUUAGGCCUCUUCUCCAGGACUGACACUCUGGACGACAGCGACGCCAGCAGCCACUCAGCCGGACACACGCACUCCCCCGACUCCGAGCACUCGCUCUUCGACUCGGACGUGGGCACGGGAUCUGACAAUGACAUUCAGCUCAAGGAGGAGAUAAUUCCCGACCCGGAGGUUUGACCUGAGAAUGGUCGUGAUUGGAUGACUGACUGAGACCGACGGGAGACGAGAACUGUGUCGGUUUGCUCACAGCUGAAGAAACUAUUCCAGCUCCUCCACCUCCAAUACCCAAAACGAUAUACCCUCCUGAUGGACAGACUGGGUAUUAAUAUGCAGAGCAUAGAAACUGAACCUCAUAAUAAUACACAUGCUACUGUGUGGUUCCCCCCCCCUCCUCCUGUAACACCAGAACUGUCCCCGUGGCAGUCUCUCUUUUUGCCUUAUUUGUCUCGUCCUCAGAUGCAGUAGCCGAUGCGAAAGGUUAACACAAAGGAAACGUCUCACGGAAAGUGCGGCGGCGACGACGGGAGAGCGGUGCAGACAAGACAGGUGGCACUUCACUUGCUAUGAAACGAUGCAACUAAUCACCACUCCGCCAUGUGUCUUAACGCACAAACCCCAUUCGAACAGGUGGAGAUUGAUCAUGUGGCUGAAAGGAACAGCUGCUGUGUCUUCGGGUGUUAACCGUCCGUGUGCUGGAGGAGGUAACACGGAUGACAUUGAGUGCCAGUCCACGCUCUAGAUCGAUCCCCAUGUCAUUUCCUUUUUACGCUACUAUAUGUGGGAAGAAUCUGUAUCAUAACAUGAUGUACGUCUCCAUCAAGACCACAACCCUAGAUGCACUCGUAGUCCUAUGGAAUAGAGGUUAGAAGGAAAAGAGGGGCAGAUUUGUGCCUGUUUCAUUUAACGCUUAUUAUCCUUAUUUCUCACCAUUUAGUAAUUAUUUGCUUGUUAUUGGGGAAGUUUAUCAUUUAUUUGAACAUCUCUUUGGUCUUAGUAAAGCGCUGCAACAUGUAUAUUUGACCACUAGAUGGAGUCAGCAGUCAGUCUGAUGCCUCCUUUUAUUCUGUAACAUCAAGGUCAUUCCACCCUGAGGACCAUUUAACACAGCAAAUCAUUUCUCCUUCAGUCCUAAACUUUAAUAUUGUGGUUCCCCUACAUGGGUAACAUGUCAAUCUGUGUGCAGGUGUAAUGUGCGUACUUGCAUACAGCAACUAAGCAACAAAUCAGCCUUUCAGACUAAAGAAAUGGGUGGAAAUAGUCUGUUGUUGUUGUGAUAUAAUUUAUUACCAGUGCCAUUUUAUUAUUCUUUCUAUAUGAUCUUAUGUGUCAAAUGUAUAUUUUUUGUUAUUUCUGUUUCUUAUUUCUCUCAAAGAGAGACGUUAUUUUGCACUAGUGGAAAUUUAUUUUCACCUUAUUUCAAUCUGCUGCGGAGGUAGAGAACAGUAUAUAGGCCAAACGAAUGGAGAACAUAAAUGUGUAUAUCAGUAGUACAGGACGCUGGGUGUUCUGAUCAUGAUUGUGCUGCGAGGGGGGGGGGGGGCUGUGUGCUAUGUGAAUUUUACUGGCUGUGAAUGUCAUCGAUGAAGCAGUUGAUGAAGUCUCUGCGGAGACGGUCAGAAUACCAAAUCAACAGAACUGAACAUCGCUAGUUUAGAAACCUGAAAUGGACCAAAAUGUCACGUUAAACUUUGGUGGAAGUGCUCGUAAUGGCAAUGUGAACACUGUAUAAAGAUUGUGGUGCAUAUAGAGUAGAUGUGAAUAAUAUUCAAGGGUCAGUUCACUUAAAUUGCAAAACAAUUUCUUACUUAAGUCUAGUGGUAUUGAGCCAUACAGAUAGUUUUUUUUUCUUCAGGUUUUGAGAUAUGUGUGUCCGUAAGAUUUCUGCCUCAAUGCAAUAGAGGUGGAUGGAUUUUUGUUUGUGGUGUUCAUAGUAUUGAAAAAAGCAACCCGGUCUCAUGGGAAGGUGUAUAUAUAGUAUGACCUUACAUGGACAUUCCACGUGUUAUGAGGACACAUUUUAGGAUUUUGGCGUGCCAUUUGUACGCCGCUUUUCACGUUUCAUUUGUACAUCACGCAACAAAACUACGGUAACGUCCGCACUUAAGUUUAGGCAACAACACCACUUAGUUAGGUUUAGGAAAAACGUCAUGGUUCGGCUUAAAAUAAGAACGUAAACUAAGUCAAAUAUAUACGGGAACAACGUAACAUAAGUACAGAAAACGCGUCACAAAUUUCACAAAAAAACACGAGACAAACGUCACUUGGCAUAACUUACAAAACCAAACACCAGUUAAAAACACCUCCUGGUUAAAAGUCCCGUGUUUCAAAAAAUCCAGUUCAAGCGAAUUAUAUUUAACACGGAAAUCGUUCAGAUUAAUUUCAACGCUUGCAGCAUAAUCCUAAACCACCGUGUAAAAUUGACAUUCCGUUUAUUCAUGGUAAUGUUGCUUUAAGGCAGUUUUACAAAAUUCACAAUCAGCCUCACUUUCAUCCAAGAUUUUUCCAUCUAUUGUGUCAAAACCUAAAAGUUUUUUCCCCUCGUUCAAACGGGUGUUUGGAUUUGGUAUAUAAUGUGACAGCUCAAGUUCCCAGCAUGGUCUGUGGACACCUGUGGACUUUUACUGAACGCUGCUAUCGUCAGUAUUUUUAUAUUAACAAAUAUGAAAGGUGUCGCUUGUAACAAUGAAGCCACAGAGAAUUAUCCUCCAACUCUGCAGACUCCCUAAGCUCUAUGGAGCGUUUUAGCAUCCUUGUUUUGGUUUUGCGGCCCACAGCUUUACUGUUUGGGUUAACUCUCAAUGCUCUUAUCAUUUUAAAACUCAGCAGGCAGGUAUUUUUAUAAAAAAAAAGCUCUAAAAACUCACUGUAUGCUACCUGCUCUGCACCAAACGGCAACAGACAAAGUGAGUUGGUGACCAUAGUGGAGCGUUUAGCUGCGUAAAAGGCUGAUAUUUCCCUCAGGAGUUGGUGGAGAGGAAAAAAUAGAGUGAACAUUGGAGUUACAUUCAUCAGGUGAUCAGAAACACGACUCCAAAUGAAUGCUAAGGUUGCUCCGUAUUAACAAGUUUACCAUCCCGACUUCAAAAUCAGACUAUCUGCGUGGCUACAUACCACUUGGAUAUAAUUAUAUAAAGAUGUGUUUUUUGCAGUUAGGGUGAAGCGACUCUUUAAAUGAGAAGCCUGGAUAGAUAAGUGAGUUAGUGACAGAAGGCCAGAGUUAGAUCCAGACAAACUUCUUCCAUCCCGUCGCCCCGUGGUUCGCGUCCCGACCCGCCCCGGCCUGGAUGGAUGGAUUGCGCGCUUUUCAGUCGCCUCAUCCAGUCCGGGCAUCAUAUACAGUUGGACUGCUUUAACCAAGCCAUAUUAAAAGUAAAUGUCUUGUUAUUGGAACCAUGUCAUAGCAUUACUGCUGGGGUAAUGUAAAUAUUGUAUGUGUGACAAAGUGUACCGUAGAGCUGACUGACUGAUGGUGUGCAGUCACAAACGGGGAGCGACUGGAUGAUUUCAAUAAAGAAUAGCUGUGACAAUUUUAAA